AUGAGUCAAAGUAAGAAGAAAGUCUAUACUGUAGAUGGAACAGUAUUUGAGGUUGAUGAAAGUUAUUCAAUUAUUAAACCAAUCGGUUAUGGUGCCUAUGGUUUUGUAUGCUCUGGUAUUGAUAAAAAGACUAAUGAAAAGGUUGCUAUUAAAAAAGUACCAAAAUUGUUUCAAGAUUUGGUAGAUGGAAAGAGAAUUUUAAGAGAAAUUGAAUUAUUGAGAACUUUCCGUCAUUCAAAUAUUAUUUCUGUUAAGGAUAUUAUGACAAUUCCUGAUAAGAAUACCUUCUCUGAUGUUUAUAUUGUUAAUGAAUUGAUGGAUACAGAUUUAUAUCAAGUAAUUAAAUCUAAACAAGUAUUAUCAAGUGAUCAUAUUCAAUACUUUGUUUAUCAAAUCCUUAGAGGAUUAAAAUAUAUUCAUACUUCAAAUGUUCUUCAUAGAGAUUUAAAACCAAGUAACAUUUUAGUAAAUGAAAAUUGUGAUGUAAAGAUUUGUGAUUUGGGAUUAGCAAGAGGAUUUGAUAAUAAUAGUGAAAUGACUGAAUAUGUUGUUACAAGAUGGUAUAGAGCUCCUGAAUUAGUUUUAAUGUGUAAAGAUUAUGGUGCUGCAA